UUCCACACGAAGCACAUCGCACGGACACGAACAAAUUCGAAAUGCAGUUGGAAAAGAUUGUCAUUCUACUGCUCACCAUUCAGCAGAGCUGCCUGGCUUUGUACAUCAAGAGCGUGGAGAAGAAUCAGGUCAAGAAAGCCGCCACCAAGGACGACUGGGGAGUCUUCAAGAACACACUGGGACUAACACAGGAAAAAGUUGAGCUCCUGAAGUCGCAAAAGGAUCAGCAGGGCACCAAAGAGCUGCUCAAUCGCUUUAUCCUGGAAAAUCCCAAGGCCCUGCCUCAGGCCAAGCACCAGCCCGAUCAGUUCCUGGGUCUCUAUCGAUCCAUACUCAAGAAACUCACCGCCUCCAAGCGGAUGCUGAAGACCUCCCUGAACUUCGAGCUAGCCGACAGGCCCCACCACAAGCCCCUGAAGAGGCCGCGCCGCAAGAUUGCCGUCAAGAUGGUCUCCGAUAUGCCCUCCUGGAAGAUCGAGAGCCUGCUCAACUCGUUUUAUUUGAAACACGGUCUGCCGCGGGACGACGAGAGCGAUUACUCUGAUUUGGACAUGCCCAAGAAUGGCGCUGGCUUUUCCUCUGACUCGGAGACGGACUUUGAGGGCAAUAAUGAGGACAAUGAUUAUGCCUCGGAGAUCCUGUACGACGACGAGGGUGAUGUGGGUCUCACGGCCAAGACCCGACAGAAUGCAGAGUACGGCUCCUUCCAGGACCUUAUUAUGCAGGCCAAGAUGAACGAGUGGGAGCGCGAGAACGAAGAAACCAAAUUGCACGGCUCGGACAAUAAUGAUUUCAUUUAAAUUAAAUCAAGGAAUUGUCUGCAAGUAAUACUUAGAGAGAGA